AAUUAUAAAUAAGAUCCGGUUGGACGGACAGGAAGCGAGGAGAUACUCAUGGCGCCCGACUAGAAAGAGCCAACAAUUAUCGGCUCCAAAUUGGUGGUCCGUUAAGCGCUUUUACACUAAAGGAUACGCUUCCCAUCGAAAAUACACGGUGAGAAAAAAGAGUGGCGAUUCAAAUGUCGCAAUGGAUUCAGAGGAGAAUGAGGUGGAGAGCAGCAGUGAUGCGGGCCCCUCUGGGAUGGAGGAGCCUUCUGAAAGUGGCAUGGGCAUGGAGUCAUCGGAGGCCAUGUCUGCAGACAGCAGUGAUGCUGCUGCUUGUCAUGCACAAGCCCCAGAAUCCGACUGUCAUGUGGGACAGAGCUCAGAAGGACUUGUGGUCUUCAUCCCAGAAACCAGCUCCAGUACAGAUGUCAGAGUUUCCUCAGUUCAUCUUCCAGACUCCUCCUCUGUAGCCCAGUCCACCAGUGUAUCCAGUGUCUCCACAGUGACUCAGUCCAUUCUGGUGUCUGAAUCAGCACAAGUACUAGUCCACUCAAGUGCUGUGUCUGAAGGAGCCAUGAUGGUUUCUGAUUCCACUGCCUCCACCUCAUCAGAUCUAGGGUCUGCCAUUGACAAGAUUAUAGAAUCUACAAUCGGCCCUGACAUCAUGAAUGGUUGCAUAGCAGUGACCAGUGCAGAGGAUGGAGGGGCAGAAACUACCCAGUAUCUGAUAUUACAAGGACCAGAUGAUGCAAUAGAAGCUCUCGCUGAGGGUCCCACAUCCACCUGUCUGGACCAGGGAGACCUGCAGGGCAGUCUUGAACCAGACCAGCCUGAUGAUCAGCCUGGACACUCAGGUUACCCAGAAGAAAGCAGCAAUCAGCCUGAUCAGCCCCAAAACUCCCACCCCUCCCAGUACAUGGACUGCAGUGCAGAUGGUCCAGACCAGACGGAGGAGUCUUCCUCAUCUUAUGCGGAGUGUUCAGUUGAGGAGCCUGACCAAACUCGCUCCCGGUCAGGAUUUCCUGACUACAGUGGGAAUAACAGUGACCAGGACCUGCCUGGAUAUGUGGAGUGCAGUGGAGCUGACUCAAAUCCUACCAGCCGAAGUCACUAUGUGGUGGAGUGUAGCACUGGGUAUCUUGAGUGUGCAGUGGAUGAUGAACAGUCACAUCAUUCACGCAGUUACAUUGACAGCAGUGCAGACCACCGGACUCAGACAAGUCGGCAAUAUAUUGCCGAGUAUGGGGGAGAAUGUAUUGCAGCUGCAGACUCUGAGCAGCCAGGCUGUUCUCAGUACCAAGUGAGAGAUGACGAUGAAGAUGACGAACAGAACCAGGAUCCAGAUCAGCCGCAGCACUCUCAACAGCAGCCCCAGCGCUCCUGUUAUAUGGAGAACAGCAAUGGCCCUGAAACUUCUUUGUAUGCUGAUGACAGCUCUUCCUCAGACCACCCACUGGCAGAUACGGCCGGUUCAGGCGGGCUUUCUGAGGCACUGGAAUGCAGUGAGAGCCAGCCUGGACUCUACAUCAGCAGCAGUGGUACAUAUAUAGCGAAUCCAGACCCUGAACUGGCCCAACAAAGUUCACCCAGUCAAGAGGAGCCCCAAGGUUCCCAGGAUGAAACCAGAUUGUCCAGGGACACAGAGACAUCAGUUGUGGCAGAAGGCUCUGGAGACCAACCACCAAACCUGGCUGAGUUAGAGGAGAUGAUGGAGGUUGUGAUCGUACAGCAGUUUAAGUGUAAGAUGUGUCCAUACAAGAGUGCCUCCAAAGACACACUCAUUAACCACAUGAGAGACAGACACUUCAAGCCUGCUGGAGAAAUGCCAAAGAAGCGUAAACGUGGACGACCUCCUAAAAGCGAGACAUUAGCCCGUCAAAAGGCAGAAAGGGAGGAAGCAGAACAGAGGAAAGCAGCCGAGUUGAAGGCUGCUGCACCCCAACAAGCAGAGGAAGAGAUAGAUGAUAUUGUGGAUGCUGGAGCUAUUGAUGAUCCUGAAGAUGACAGUGACUACAACCCAGCAGAAGAGGAUUCUAAAGGAAGACCCCCUGCUACCCCGAAGAAACCAGCUACUCCCAUUUCCUCCUCCUCGCAAGGGCGCCCACGACGAAAGGUUGGCCGUCCAAGGAAGUACUGCGCUUCAGUUGAAGGCUACGGGAGCAAAGAAGCAGAAAGUCUUGCUAAAAAGUCGAAGCCUUGUGCGGAUGCAAGCACUUCCGAAGAGGCAAGCUCUUCUGGGAUAGGCAAUGGCCCAACUGAUGGAGACACAGCUGAGGGAGCAAUAAGCCAGUCAGACUCUGAAAACAAAGACCCUUCAUCCAACUCACAGCCAGAAGAGGAGUUCUUCCCAAGGAAGCGUGGAAGACCAUCCAAGCGCUUCCUACGCAAAAAAUAUAAGAAGUACAUGAAUCGAAAUCGAUACUAUAAAUCUCUCAAACCUCUUCUGAGACCUCACAACUGCUGGAUCUGUGGCUCACGUUUCCUCACUCAAGAGGAUUUGCACUUCCAUGUUGAUUCUCAUGAAGGCAAUGACCCAGAGCUCUUCAAAUGCCUGCAGUGCAACUAUCACUGCAAGCGCUGGUCUUCACUCAAGGAACAUAUGUUCAAUCAUGAGGGCACAAAGCCAUUCAAAUGUGAGGAGUGUGAUUACACAAGUGUUUAUAGGAAGGAUGUCAUUCGACACGCAGCAGUCCACAACAAAGAGAAGAAAAGAAAGACUGAGCUGGGACCGAAAGUGUCAGCGUUUCCCUGCCCUGUGUGCAGCAGGGUAUACCCCAUGCAAAAGAGACUGACCCAGCACAUGAAAACCCACAGCUCAGAGAAACCACACAUGUGUGAUAAGUGUGGUAAAUCCUUCAAAAAACGGUAUACAUUCAAAAUGCACCUACUGACCCACAUCCAGAGUCUUGGAGACAACAAGUUCAAGUGUGAGUUUUGCGAUUAUACUUGUGAAAACAAGAAGCUGCUGCUCAACCAUCAGUUGUCCCAUACUAAUGACAGACCCUUCAAGUGUGACUACUGUAAAUAUACCACAUCUAUAGAGGAGUUCCUGGUCUCCCACUUGGCCAUCAAACACACAGGGGAAAAGCCUUUCUCCUGUGAUAUGUGUCACUUCAUGACCAAGCACAGGAAGAACCUGCGUCUUCAUGUGCAGUGUCGCCACCCCGAGGCUUUUGACAAAUGGUCUGUGGCUCACCCUGAAGAGCCAGUGAGGACACGACGAAGACCUUUCUUCACCCUGCAGCAGAUAGAAGAACUAAAACAACAACAUGACGACACACAGGGGCUUCAGAAUACCAUAGUGACUGUGGAUUCUGCAACACUACAAGCCAUGCAAGGUAUAGAAAAUGCCUCAGUGUCCCAGGAUGCAUUGGGAAAUACGACUAUUAUCUAUGAACAAGCUGAAUCCAAUGAUAUUUCUCCUCAAAAUGCCCUGGACCUGCUGCUGAAUAUGAGCAAUGCUCGAGAACUUGUUGGAAACUCUUUACAGGUAGCUGUGCUGAAGUCUGAAGGAAAAGCUGUGGAAAAGGGUACCUUGAGUGCUGUGACCACCAUACCAGGCCAGACUCAAAAAAUUGUGACCUUCCAUGUUUCUGAGAAUGGUGAAACAGUACUACAAGAGGCCUUCGAAGCAGCCACCUCUGAAACAGGAGAGCUCACCCACAUUGCCAUUGAAGCUUAUGAGGAGGGAGAUUACAGUUUGGUGGAGCAGGCUGCAGGAGAAACCCAUAGUCCUGAAUACAGUAAUGAUGAGAGCAGUUCUUCUCAGGCUUUAGAAGUAUCUGGCUCAGACAGCAUGAAAAGUGACAAGUAUUAUCUUACAUCAGCAUUAGCUGAUGGUGUAUUGCAACAAGUAGAGCUAAGCAGUGAAGCUCCAGCCUCACCUUCUGCAGUGAGCUCUCCUAACCUAGGCACCAAGAGGUUUUCCUGUCGCAUCUGCAUGGAGUCUUUCCAUGGACGCUCCGACAUGGAGAACCACAAGAGGGCACACUUGGAUCCCAGCACCUUCAAAUGUCCCGACUGUGAUUUCACCUCUUCCUCCUGGCCUGAGGUCAAGGAUCACAUGGAGCUACAUUCCUACCUGCGUCCUCAUAAGUGUACAAACUGUAGCUUUGCUUCAAAAAACAAAAAAGACCUGCGCAGACACAUGAUGACCCACACCAACGAGAAGCCAUUCGCUUGCAAACUUUGUGGGCAAAGAUUUAACCGCAAUGGCCAUCUGAAGUUUCACAUGGAGCGUCUCCACAGUCAGGAUCAUCCCGCUCGCAAAAGCCGUACCCCCUCAGCUCAACAAACCAUUAUCGUCAACAGUGAUGAGGAGGCUUUGGCCACUCUGCAGUCUUUACAGGCACAUCAGACAGUGAUCACUCCAGAGAGGUUACAAGCCCUGGGACAGGAUCACAUUAUUGUUGCGCAAGAGCAGGCACUGUCAGACCAGGAGGAUGGUACAUACAUCCAACAGAUCACCACCAUUGAUGGUCAGACCGUUCAGCACCUAAUGACUGGAGACAACCAGGUCCAGUACAUCAUCUCACAAGAUGGAGUGUCACACUUGAUUCCUCAGGAGUAUGUAGUAGUAGCUGAUGGUAACAAUAUACAGCAGAUGUCAGAUGGACGGAUCAUCCAGUAUGAGCAUGAGCAACAGAUUGCUGUGAGUCACGAUGGUCAGAUCCAAUACUUACCUGUCAGCUCAGAGCAACAGAUAAUAAAUCCAGAGGACCUGGAGGCUGCAGCUCAUUCUGCUGUCACAGCUGUAGCAGACGCAGCCAUGGCGCAGACCCAGACAGUCUAUGCUGAAGCCACACCUGAACAGCUUGAGCAGCUGCAGCAACAGGGCAUUCAAUAUGAUGUUAUCACUUUCACCAAUGAGUAGGAGUAGAAGUAGAAACUACCUUGAGUUUAUAAAGGUGACCUCAACAAAUGUAUGCAUUCAUCUGGCUGAAGAAAAACCCUGUUCCCUCUGCAGCAUCAUCUGCUCGCAGCAGAUGCUGUACUCAAGAUCAGAUGCCUUUGAUCAGUCAGGUUACUGCAUUUAUUGCUUCUAACUUAUUCAUGGGGCCUGUGCAGAGCUCAUUUGAACAAGGUUUGUCUAUUCUGUAAAUACUGAAACUAUUUAUGUGCCUCAACUUUGACUUGCAAGACAAUGUUAUCAAAGAAAAUGAAAUGGGCUAAACUAUGUUGUAGGAAAUGUUGAAUAUUUUAGUUUUAAGUGGAAUAAAAUGAAAAGGGAGUGUUUUAUUUUUGAUUUAUAUUAAUUUAUGUUACUUGUUGAGAUUCUGCAACAUCUUUAAUGAAUAUUAAUGUAAAUACUUUUUACAUUUGUUUUCUGUUGUAUUAUGGAGGAUGUUUUGAUUUAGUGGGAACAAAGUGUAUUAUAAGUCAAAAGCUGACACCAAAUAAAUCAUGUUGUGUAUACAUGUGUAUAUUGCCUAAAGUGUCCACAAAUUAAAAAAAAAAAAUAAAAAGUUG